CUAAUCUCACAAGCAACGAUCGACUGCUUGUAAACAAUGACGCUGUAUCUGCAUAACGAUCACAUAUGUAAAUCUCGGAUGGAAUAUCAUUUCCAUAGAUUAUACGAAAGAAAAUUUUAUCCUAAUUAUUGUUAUCGCAAUCGAAUCGUUUGUCUGCGAUAGCGAUAGUUCAUGGUCCAUCGUCUACUAUUUUUAUUCUAUCGCGUUAACGUAGGAUUACUUCUUCUUCCGUGCAUUAGGAGAUCCUCAAGUGCGUACGGUCGGAGGAACGUUUCAAUAUAAAAAGUAAAAAAAAAAAAAAAAAGAAAUAAUUCGCGUUGCCGUACCCAUUUUACGAAGGUACAUUUUACAUCAUAAUAUGAUCCCUGACUGCUGAUGUUUUCGCUUGGUCUUAAGGCGAUUUUACAUGGGACAUGGCUACCGUCAAAGUAACGGAGCAAAAAGUCAUUCUUUGUGGUGAAUAUGGUGUUGGGAAAACGUCUAUAUUCAGGCGAUUCGCGAACAAUUCUUUCGUCGCAAGUAACGAUCGAAAAUCGACGCUUGGUCUCGAUAAUAUCGACAAAGAAUAUAUAGUCGACGACAGACGAAUACGUUUACAAUUAUGGGAUACCGGAGGUAUGGAGAGAGUAGCAUCCGUAACAUCGAGUUACUACAAGUUUGCCGAAGCAGCUAUUCUGGUAUUUGCUCUAGAUAACUCAACGUCUUUUCAUCUUUUAUCUCAGCAUCUAUUGGAUAUAGUUACGUAUGCGGAAAACGCAAAGAUUUUUCUUUGCGGUAAUAAAAGUGACUUGGAAGGCGUCACUCCGCAAGUUACGGAUGCGGAAAUGGAACAAUUUUGCGAGCAAUGUCACAACUUAAUCUCUGGAACUUACAAAACGUCUUGUAAAACCGGAGAAGGAAUACAUGAAAUGUUCGAGGACAUUGCGCAGCAUCUAGUUGAAGCUAAUCGAUCUCGUAUGGAACUUCACGAAAUGGACAAGGAUCGUUUUAAAAUUUCCUAUAUCGACGAAGCUACCGAUCCAUCCUGUUUAUGUUAAAAAAAAAAAAAAAAAAAAAAAAAGAAAAAAAAAAAACAACGAACGAAUUUUUACAAUUUUUUCUUAGAAACAAAGGAAUUGAAUUAUAUUUCACGUCACGCGUGUAUACGACAGAUGCACUUUUCCAAAUACAGAGCAAGUAUUUGGAAACACUGACGUAAAAAUUUUAUAUACAUAAAUAUCUAGGAAUAAAAUUAAGGUCCUUAGCAGUAACGAUUUUUAAAUUUUAAUUUUAUUAUACUUCGAGAAUAAUUUUAAUUAACCGAGCUUUAACUCUUACGAACUUACUCUCUACGCUUAAUUCUCUCUGCUUAUUUCGAUAUAUGAGCCUUCUAACUCACACGCUGACGAAGAAGAAAAAACUAAUGCUGAGUCCAUUUGAUAGUUUUUAAAUCGAUUCCAUCUUCGACCAUCUCCCACAGGGGACUGUAAAGAAACAAAUUUUGUGAUUCACGUAAUCUCGAUAUUUUAUCAGAUUUUUUUUUUUAUCGAAUUCAACAUAAUUCUAUCGUUAAAAACACGUUCGACAAUGAAUCCAUCCAGCAAAUAACGAUAAUUAUGUUCACGCAUCGCAAAUUGAAAAUGAAUUGUAUAUUAAUCAUGCUUCUACAUUAAAUAAAAAUUUAUACUAUGA